UUGUCACGAGGAGCUAAAAAGAGCUGCAGAGAGGACUGCUGGACUGGGGUUAUAGCCUGAGAACAACGCUCUCUGCUCGCGUACAUACUAGAGGCUUGCGAGUGUAUGUCGGGUCGUGAGCGAUAUAAACAGCAGGACACGUCCGCGGUUUCAGGGCAGAGCUGAGCGGCGAGAUGGAGGGGUUUGGAGGCGGCGUGUUUCAAGCUGAACCGGACCGAAAGGAAAACAUGCCCCGCGCACACCCACACGAGCCCAGUGCGGAGAGCAUGGCGUCUCUGUGCCUGAGUCAGCAGCGCUGUGUGAAGGCCUCGAUCGCGUCGCAGUGGCAGCUGGCUGAGGCGCAGAACCAGCUCUGCGGUUUGGAGCUCCACAGCUCUGAGUCUGUGGACCAGGAGCGCGCCCGAGCCCUGGCCUCCUCCGCGGAGCUCUCGCAGACCGAACAGGAGUGGAGACAUAAAGAGACCAUGCUGGGACGGAGCCCCACUCUGUGCCCCGAGGCCAGCCGAGAUGUGUUUGACAAGAGUAUCAUAAACAGUUCACAGUCUUGGCCUAAUGAAUCCGAUCACGAUAAGAACAUAAGCUUCGUCCAGCGUAAUGAAGAACUCUUGAAACAUUUUGGUAUGUUGAGGAGGUGGGAUGAUAGUCAGCGCUUUCUAGCAGAGUACCACCAUCUCAUCUGUGAAGAAACGGCCAAUUACCUGAUCCUGUGGUGCUUCCGUCUGCAGGCAGAGCAAAAAGAGGCAUUAAUGGAGCAGGUGGCUCAUCAGGCAGUCGUCAUGCAGUUUAUUCUGGAAAUGGCCCGCAACACUCAGCAGGACCCACGAGGCUGUUUCCGUCAGUUCUUUCAGAAAGCCAAAGCAGGGCAGGAGGGAUACUUGGACGUCUUCCACACAGAACUCAACGACUUUAAGCAGAGAGUUAAAGAGUAUUCCAUGAAGUCAAAAGGAGAAACCCCAAAGGAUACAGUGCACCAAAACACACCGGCAGGCUGUCGCCUCGACCCCAACGAGGUUUUGGAGUCUUUGCCACCGGAGCUGAAAACAUGCAUCCAGAUGCAGGAUAUGCAGAUUCUUCAGAACGUGCUGAGCAGCAUGAACACGCAGGUGGCAGAAUACCACGUGAAGCGUUGCUUGGAGGCAGGAAUUUGGACGAAUAUACCACGAGCCUCCAAAGAAGAAAGUUCAGAAAUGGACGAGUGGAGAAUGAUGGAGAGCUAGCAGACGAAACUUCACGAGGAAACCAGCUUUGGCUCGCAGGACAGGAAGAACAAGGCCUGUGCUCAGAGACUUUUGUUUUGUAUCCGUGCCUGGAUGUGUGCUGCACUUUAUAUUUGUUUAAAAGAGAAAGUAUUUUAAAAGAGAUUGGGAACUGUAUUUUGAGGCACUUAUAUUUUUGUGCACAUUUCUGUUGCUAACUUCUUCUGUUUUAGCAUUUUGAGAAACGUUUAGGAAAGCGGUACGUGCUGGAGUGCAAAGGAAAACCCUCAUAACCCUUCACAAGGAGGUAUCCACUGAACAUUCAGACUCCAGCUGCUCUCUGGGAACUGUUUCAUGUGUCAUCUGUGCAUGGACACGGCAGAUAACAGUCGGCUUCCUGCAGAUAGACAAACAACACUAAGGCGAAGCAGGACCUCCCACUUUGCUAUCUUCACGAUGGAAAUGAGACCUUUGCAAAAAGUUCAAGUAGUACAACAUGAAAACCAGCAAUAUAAUAUUGUUACCUUCAGUUAUAAUGAAAGAGAUUCACGUUCACUAUCAAAAUGUAAAUCGGAUGCUAAAGGCACUGGGGCUGUUGAGUUUGAUAUGAUGUCAAAAGUCACAAAUUGGGAUGGCUCACCCAAAAAAAAAACAUUUCUCAAUCUUCGGUUGCUCCAAACCUGUUUGACUUGAUGUUGAACACAAACAUUUUUUAUUCAUACAAUGACGGUCAAUGGCAUCCAAUCAAUGUUGUUUUGGACCCCAUUGACUUUCUUUCAUUAUAUGGUCAAAAACAAGUAAUGUUCUUCUAAAUGUCUCUUCUUGCAUUUUCCAUAGAAGAAAGAAAGCGAUGCAUGUUUGGAUGAUGACCCAUCCCAACAAAUAAGACUUUCAGAGAUGCCAUUUUGCCUCGCCAUCAACCUGACUUGUAUUGAUUGCGGUAAUUGCAUUGAAACACGGCCGAUGCUGUUUGCUUAUCGCAUCCAGCUCUACAGCAUAUAUAAGAGCAUAUACAGCAAACCACGAUUUGUGUAAUAUUAAAUGAUGUCUGUGAUGACAUUGUGCAAAUCUUUACAAGCAGAUCGAAAUCCUCAAUUAAAUCUUUAGACCACCAGUAUUGCUGACUGAUUGGAGUCUUUAAUUUUGCCGUUUAUUUUGAUUAGAAUAACGUCUUGGCAUUUUAUAAAUGUGUUGGCUAGCUCUCUGUGUGAGGAAUUCACCUCGGACUACUUGUAGGCAAUAAACUGGCCUAAAACGUGCGGUUUUAGAAGGAGGGGUGUUUUUGGUUGAAAGCAGCUAGGAUUAAAUGUACGAUAUGUGCUUUUGCGGCACGUCCACUCAACAAAAGGAACAUAAGGCACCGGUUUAUGUGA